UAUAAGUUUUGAUGGAAAAUAUGUAAGAGAUUUUCUUUCUUAAUUAUCCUAUCACCCAUCAGGGGAGAGAAUUCAAAUGACUAGCUUUUGGCUGUUUGACAGAAUUCGAUGUUCUACACAAGUAGGAAAAACAACAGCCGGUGGACUGCUAAAGAAGUGGAGAGACUGGUGCAAGGUGUCUCUAAAUUUGGUGUUGGACGAUGGACCAAUUUGAAGCAGAAUUUUUUCAAAAGGUCAAUCAGGACAGCAGUAAAUCUUAAGGACAAGUGGAGAAAUCUCUUGAAAACCUAUCAGGAAGGUUCACAAAAAACUACACAGUUGCAUCUUGAACCAUCGUUGGUGGAACGGAUCAGGAAGCUGGCAGAAAAACAACAAAUGCAGCACAUAUAGGAACGACGACUUAGUCAUUGUAUAGGCUCUAGCAUGGAGAGAGUUAGCCUUAUCUAAAAGGGAAGGGAACCGUAGAAAGCUGAUUACUAAUGAAAUGGAGGGAGGGUUUUGGAUGUGAACAAUUAAGGUGAAUCCUUUUACUUUUGUCUAUCUAUGUUCUUUGUAAAGACCAAAACCACUCUCUGUAAGACUGG